AUGCCUGCGCUACUCAAUUUUCACCAAACACAAUUGGAUCCUAUUACCGAACCCGUUCUCGACAUCAUCAAAGCAGUCAGAUAUGGACACGGACAGAUACCCAGAACCUCUCCAACCGCGAUAUUUAUGUAUGGACUCGCAAGUGGGCUAAUCAUCAUGACAUCCAUUAUCGGUCUUCUCUUGGUAUUAUUCGAUCGAAUUCUCCGUAAGGAAAAUGUGAAAACCAUAAGAUUUGGUCCUCACUUCCCUGAAUCGCAAGGAGGGGACAAAUUCUUCCUCGAGCAGAAAAAUGGUACGAUCUACGAGGGUAUUGUGACUUUUAAUGAGUCACAUUACUACGAGAUCAGAAGUGAUGAGGCGAUAGAUCAGGAGUCAGUUAUCAUUCCUUCCUCUAAGUUAGAGCAGGCGGAGAUAGAGGACGAUCGGAAAAAAGCAAAGAGAGAAAUGAGAAAGGUCGAAGAGGAACACGAGUACCAAGCUUUUAUGGGUAGAUUUUCUAUUGAAAACUUUGCUACUUUUAUGGAUGCUAAUGUUGAUAAUGAUGAAAUUGAAGAAGUUUACGGCUACUACAAGUGA